UCUGACUGGCAAUGGCAGAGUCGCAGGCAAGCAAGCACACGACGGUCACACCAAUACCAUGCCAACUGCCAUGGCGACUCAACAGAACCAUGCGCGUGCAUGCUCUCAUGUACUAUAGCCUAUAAGUAACGACGCUCGUAGAAGCCGAGCUACUCGUCCACGACCAUCGGCCAUUCCACUGGUUUGCUCUCCUCUCUUGGAUCCAUGGCUGAAUCGGCGCCUCGAUUCCUCUUCCUCGUCUCUCUCGUGGCGGCGGCGGUCGCCAUGGCCGCCGCUGGGCCAGCGGCGGCGGCGGCAGCGGAUGCCGCACGGGGCCGCAGCCGCAGCCGCCUCAUCCACCUGCACUUCUACAUGCACGACAUCACGGGCGGGCCGGGGCAGACGGCGGUGCAGGUGGUCAAGGGUCCGGGGCCGGCGCACCCGGCGAUGCCCGGCUACCACUUCGGCGACACCACGGUGAUCGACGACGCCCUGACUGACGGGCCCAGCGCGUCGUCGUCGCGGCUCGUCGGGCGCGCCCAGGGCACCUACACGCUGGCGUCGCUCACGGAGCCCGUGCUGGCGGUGACCAUGACCGUGGCGCUCACGGGCGGCGGCGCCUACAACGGCAGCACCGUCGCCGUCGUGGGACGGGACGACGUCUCGGCGGGCGUCAGGGAGCUCGCCGUGGUCGGCGGCACCGGCGCGUUCCGAGGUGCCACGGGCCACGUGCUGUGGCGGACGGCCAGGAUGGAGUCCAGGGACCACAUGGUGCUCGAGCUCGACGUCUACGCCACCGUGCCGGCCGCUAGUCCGGCGCCGCCUCCGCGCGCCGGCGUGGUGCGUCAGGUGGCCUGACUGACGCCCUGACCUCAACCGUACCUCGACGUGAGUUGACCGCGGACAUGGUUUUGAUUUACCAUGCACGAUCGUAUAAAAUUGCUUCGGCUCCGAAAUCAUAUGUCGUUUGUAAUGAACAAUAAUGGAUUAGUUACUGUUACGUUGGAUCA